AUGCCCAUCACCAUCCUCCAGCCCCGGCCCGCGCCAUCGCGGCCCCUCAAUGUCCCUACCUCCGCGACUCACGGUGGCCUCGAGUCCGAGUCCGACUCCGACUCCGACGGCGGCGGCGCAGAUCUCCAGGGCGACGUGCCCAUGCGAGCCCCCAAGCGCCGUCGCGCAAGCCUCGAGGACGAUGAUGCCGACGCCGACGAGAUUCUCACGCCGGGCAGCGUCAUAACCUCGAACCCGCAAUGGAUGCGUGGCCACGGCACAUACGUCCCGCCCAAUUCCACAGACAUCACCUCCUCCCUCGCCGGCACCCUCACCCGGACCAACAAGCUCCUCUCGGUGCGUCCCCUACGCGCGCGCUACACGCCCGAGAUCGGCGACCUCGUCGUCGGCCGCAUCGUCGAGGUGCAGGCCCGCCGCUGGCGCGUCGACGUCGCCGCCUCGCAGCUCGCCAUCCUGCAGAUCUCGGCCAUCAACCUCCCCGGCGGCAUCCUGCGCAAGCGCACCGAGACGGACGAGCUCCAGAUCCGCUCCUUCUUCGCCGAGGGCGAUCUCGUCGUCGCCGAGGUCCAGCAGCUCCACCAGGACGGCGCCGCCAGCCUUCACACCCGCAGCCUCAAGUACGGGAAGCUCAGGAACGGCGUCUUCGUCGGCGUCUCGGGCACCGGUGGCGGCGGCGGCGUCGUCCGCUCCAAGAGGCAGGUCUGGACCGUCGAGGCCGCCAACGGCGCCGGCAAGAUCGACGUCCUGCUCGGCGUCAACGGCUACAUCUGGGUCAGCAAACACGUCGAGGGCGAUGCCGCUGCCGAGGCCGCCCCCGGCAUCAACCGCAUGGAGGAGGCAGUCAGCAGCAAGGUCUACUCGAGUCAAAAUGACGAUAUUGACGUCGCCACCAUGCGGGAGAUCGCCCGCUUCCGCAGCGUCAUCCUGGCCCUCGUGGAGAACGGAUUGCGGGUUGACGAGGAUACCGUGACGAGGGCAUAUCACGAGGCGGUCGAGAUUGGCCGCGAAUCGGCAGACGACGACUUGUAUUUGGGAGGCGAAAGAGGGAAAAGGUUGGCUACCAUCAUAGCGAGCCGCUAGGUCUCAAUAGAAUACAGGAUUAUAAGCC